AUGUCUAUGGUCGAGGAAGCAAGAGAUCAUUUCUCUCCAGACUAUUUAGUAGCCGCCCUGGAACUCUCUCAAGCGGCAGCGUGUUUCCAAUCAGCUUCCUUGAACGACCAAGCAGCCAAAGCAUGGCUGAAGGCAGCAGAACUUAGGAAGACUAACCUCCGAGAUUUCCAAGGAGCUGCUCGUAACUUCGAGUCGGCUGGGCAGCUGAUGCACAACCCUGAACAUUACAAAUCGGCUGCUGAUUCUUACUUGGCAGCUGGGAAGGCCGACCAAGCUGCUCGUGCCUGGACUAGGGUAGCGGGGAUACUAGCGAAGACGGAUCCUGAAGGGGCCACUGAUGCGUAUAGAAAAGUGGUGGACAUCUAUAGGGCCGACGGAGAUGUCAAGCAUGGAGGAAAUGCCUAUGCAUUGGAAGCAUUGCGGGUAUACCAGGACUGGUUAUUGUCACGGCAUGAACUCGAGAAGUGGCUGGAAGCAUCGAAGGAGAGCAGUACACUCCUUGAAGCUGCAGGGCUCUACGCAUCAACCCAUAAGGAGCUGCUAGCUCGAGUGAAUGGAUUUCUAGCCUCUGAGGAGAUGGCUGCUGGUGAGGGUAUGGUCAUCGCCUACCGUAACAAUGACGCUGAGGCUCUACAGGAUGCUGUGAAUAAAAACUGUGUCAAGUUUUUGCCUAUCGAGAUAGUCAAGAUAGCGAAGUCGUUGAAGGUCGCUGAGCUCCCAUCCCCGUCUCCGUCACCUGGGGGGAACCCAGGUCCAGAGAACGAUGCUACAGAUGCCGCUGAACCUACUCCAGAGGGACUUGGUGCGUUAUUACUCUAA